AGCUUUCGGAGUAAACUGCAAUACAUCUGGCAACUCUACGCACAGCUGGGCUGUAAAUGUACUCGUACUCGAUGCCGCAAAAGUACUGUUUGCAAAAAUCAUCUGGCUUUGUCUUCAGCUUUGUUUAUUCGUUCGCUGGUAUUUGCCUGGCAUGGCGCUGUUGAGGAGCGUUUCGAAUGGCUUUUCGGCUGUAUUCCGGCGCUUUGCCAGCUCGAGUGGCUGCACCAUUUACAGCCUCAGUUCGGGGCACGUCAAGUGCGGCGUSUCCGUCAUCCGUGUGUCCGGGCCACAAACAAAGCAGGCGCUUCGCGCUAUUGUGAACAACAGCGAAUACGAGCCGAAGCAGCGGCAGGCAUAUCUGAAAUCAUUUUAUCAUCCCACCAGCAAAGAGAUCAUCGACAGGGGUCUGCUAUUGUGGUUUCCCGGUCCAGCCUCCUUCACGGGCGAAGAUGCUUGUGAGUUUCAAGUGCACGGCUCGCUGGCCGUCAUUGCGGCUAUGCUCGAUGCCCUGGGCCAAUUACCGGGUCUACGGCCCGCACAGCCGGGUGAAUUUACAAAGCGGGCAUUUUUCGGAGGCAAGCUGGACUUGACCGAAGUGGAGGGCCUAUCCGAUUUGAUACACGCUGAAACUGAAGCACAGCGCAAACAGGCUUUGCUACAAAGCACCGGCACCCUGGGCCGCCUCUAUGAYAACUGGCGCAAGCGUCUUAUUCGCUGUGCCGCACAUUUGGAGGCGUACAUUGACUUCGCCGAGGAUGAGCAAAUAGAAGGCGGCGUAGUGUUGAAGUUGACCAAGGAACUAAAAGCCGUGCAACGCGAGAUACGCGCUCAUCUGAAUGACCAGCGGCAGGGCGAGCUGCUGCGAGACGGUGUACGCACUGUCAUUAUCGGAGCUCCAAAUGUAGGCAAGAGCAGCCUGUUAAAUCUGCUCUGCCAGCGAGCAGUGUCCAUUGUGACCGAUCAGGCGGGCACCACACGAGAUAUAAUAGAGACAACGCACAGCUUUGGCGGCUAUCCCGUGGUCUUUGCGGAUACGGCAGGACUUCGUAAGCACACAACGGACGCAAUCGAGAUGGAGGGCAUGGCCCGAGCAAGGCAAUGUCUAGCCCAGUCUGACCUUAUAUUGCUGCUGACGGAUGCGAAAGCUCUGCGAGAUGUUGACAGCAAUGAAUCCCUAAAUGGCCGUAUCGACAGCUAUUUGCAGGAGCUGGACAUACCCAAGGAGCUAUGCAGGGGUAAGCGCUUGCAGCUGGUAGCAAACAAAACGGAUACGCUGUCAGCGGAAGAGAUUGAUCAUCUCAGGAAACUAAAGGAUGUGCUGUGCAUAUCUUGCCACAAGCARGACAACUUGCCGGAGUUUCUGGGCUCCUUASAGCAGCUGCUGCAACAACUAUGUGGAACACCGCAGGCGGAACAUCCACGCAUCACGCAUAGCCGCUAUCGACAGCAACUGGAGCGCUGCAUAGAACACAUCGAGAUAUUCCUCAGAGAUUACAAGCCCGAUGUCUACCCGGACAUGGCCAUAGCAGCGCAGCAGCUGCGUAAAUCGGUGCGCUGUAUCGAACGCAUCACUGGACAUGUCAGCUGCGAAGACAUACUCGAUGUUAUCUUCAAAGACUUUUGCAUUGGAAAAUAGUUCAUAUGUAUGCCUAAUCAUUAAGUACAAAGAUUGUAUAGACUACAAACAAAG